UCUUACCGGAGAUACAGAUAGAGACACUUCCUGAGCCUGUAUGGAGAAAGGUCGAGGUAUUUCCUCUGAAGAUUCAGGAUCACCUCAGCAGACCUGUAGAGACAGCAAGUUUACAGGCCACUCGUGUCCUACGGGGAAGAUCCAGCUCGUUGGAGACAUAUUCCAGUUCACAGUCGAUGUGAGUGAAUUUUCUCCAGAGGAUGUUAUCAUCACAUCUUCCAACAACCUGAUAGAGGUGCACGCUGAGAAGCUGGGAGCAGAUGGAGCAGUCACAAACACUUUUUGCCACCGAUGCAAACUACCAUCGACUGUGGACCCCACAUCUGUGAGCAUGACUGUGGAGAGCAGUGGGGCCCUGACUGUCAGAGCUCACAGGGUGUUAUUAUAAUGCCUCAUAUCUCCUCACAGGGUGUUAUUAUAAUAAGGCCUCAUCUCUCCUCCCUGCAGCUCAACGCUGGAGGUCAGCGACCUCUAGUGGUGGCCAAAGAGAACCACUGCACCAUUCAUGUACUACCGGAAAUAUGAAAACCAUCCAUGAUUUGAACCCAACAUUGGAAAUGAUAUUUUCAAAAAAGUGUGAUUUUCUAUCCUUUUAAUAAGGCUGCUCUCAUAAACGUGAUGUGGCAAUUGAGGCCAAACAGCAGCGGACGGCACAGAAACCUGUGAAUGAUUGCUGAAAUAAAUGUAGGCCUACACAUCUUUUGUUAACAGAUUAACUGAGACGUCAUCAACACGUCUGCUGCAACUGGCUUAAUGUCAGUAUGUACUCACUUUUUGUUCUCAUCCCCAAACGACAGGUUAUGUCAGGGGUCAGCAACCUUUACUAUCAAAAGAGCCAUUUUAGUCAAAAUAAAAAAAUAAAAAAUUCUGU